AUGCGUAGUCUUGCCAGUUCUAAGCUCGAGGGAGGCUUGCAAGCAUUGGAGGUCUGUAACGCGUUCAAGCCAAUCUCACUUAGCACUACUGCAGUACCUGCUCCACCGACAAUAGCUCCAACGACAUAUUGCAACGGAGUGCUGAAAAGAGAUAUCGUACUGCUUGUGGACACCCUCGCUUCACCUGCGAAUGAUGACAAGAGUGCUGCGCUCGAGAGACUCAGAGACGCCCUUGCCACUGGUAUCCCUUUCGGAACGGGUGUUCGUAUAGCAAUCGUCACCUUGGACAGUGCUGGUGAGCAAUCAGCGAUUUUGUCUCCUGAUGCAACGGCAUUCAACGCAGCAUGGAACGCGAAGCUUGUCUCCCAGUCAUUCACAGCUACAGCGACCUCCAUCGACGUCCAACCUGCUUACGGAGUCGUAGCGUCAAUGCUCACACAGCAAACUCCUUUGGAAGCCAUUCUCGUGUCUGAUCAUCCUGUGUGA